GGUUCAAUUCAGUCUAUGACUCUGACCGCACUCGUGCACAACGAGGACCAGGUUUUUUCGGGCUUAUCAAAGGCGUGCGCUGCCGACGAAUUUGACAUAAACGGUACUUGUCCAGGUGAUAAGGAUCCAGAUAACUGAAGCGUUGCCUAUCACAGCCGAUUACCCCGAUUCAAGCCGAAACGAUUUGCGGUAAAAAUGGCCAUCCAUUCAGCGUACUUGACACCUGUGCCGCUUGGCUUCGUCAGUCUGCGAUCUACCGGCAAGGAAGCCACCUGCUCUGGACUCUGUUGGCCCUCCUAGUCCAGCGAAACCGACGACGAGUUCAUCCAGCCAACGAGAUGCGUGACAAGAGCCAGGAGCCAUGUUGCCUGCCCCUAAAGGAGGAGUUCCAACGCUCCAAGUUCUCGCUGCAUCACGAUGAUCCUGGCGUCUUUUGUCGUUCGCAAUGGCAGAAGGGCGAUCGGAAUAUCAUCUGGGUGCUAUAUCGAUGGAUCCUGGCUGCUUUCUUCGCAGCGGGUGUGAUCGGCAGCAUGGUUCAGACCUUCAACGGUGGUCGCUGGUUCAUUUAUCUCACGGAUUGGGGUUUUUCCCUGUGCUUUUAUUGCUGCACCUAUGGCGCCAUAAUCGCCACCAUCUACUUCAUAAAGCCCCCCUAUUUCGCUCCUGGCAGUUGGGUCCUGAAGAUCUACUGGAUAUCCCACUACACAACUGUAGUCCUAGCCAUGCUGAUCACCCUGGUCUUCUGGGCCGCCCUUUAUCCUUCCAUGCCAGGAAUGGGUGCUGAGCUGUACAGCUUGUGGGCCCAUGCGUUUAACUCGAUUUGCCUGGUCUUCGAUUGCUUUAUGGUGGCCUUCCCCACCAGAAUUAUGCACUUCGUGUAUCCCUUUACCGCUGGCAUUACCUAUGGAGUAUUCUCCUUGAUCUACUUUUGGGCUGGCGGCAUAGAUCCAAUGGGAAAUCGCUUCAUCUACUUCAUCUUGGACUGGGAGCGACCAGGUCUGGCCAUUGGAACAGUAUGUGGAUGUGUGGUUCUGGUCAGCUGCUUUUGUGUGUUGGUCUUUGGUUUCUACAGAUUACGUAUCUCUAUUUACGAAUCGUGCAGCAAGAAGCCUGAUGAAAUUCCAGCCACUACUGCUACACCCAAAGAACCAGCACAAACUGUUUGAGUCUAGUUAUAAUGCUUUUAGUUGGUUUCCAAAUAGGAAGGCUGUGUACUUAAGAAAGGCGAUUACAUUUUUUUAAUAACUUGUA